AUGGGAAGAAAGAAUGUCAAGGACGGCGAGGGACCUGGAAUCCAGGAGCGGCUGUGGGUGUGGAUGAAGGGGGUCAACCAAAUGGAUCUGCGGGUGGUUUAUAAAGAGGAGAGAGGGGAGAGAAUCGCGCGCCGGUUCAUCGCUCGUCUCGCGCCAAGCCCGCGCCACCGCAAGGCGAAGCGGCGAGAUCCGAACCUUCGGAAGGAAAUCUUGGGGCGCACGCCGCGUGCGGAGACCGACCGAACCAGUUUAAGCGAGACAGACAGACUGACAGACGUGAGCGCACGCGCGAGAUCGGGAGCUUGGGACGCGAUGGGCGAGCGCAGGAUCGGCGUGGCCAUGGACUUCUCGGCGAGCAGCAAGAAGGCGCUGCGGUGGGCGGCCCACAACUUCCUCCGGAAGGGCGACAUCCUCGUCCUCCUCCACAUCGAGCACCGCGGCCGCGACGAGGCCAAGCACGUCCUCUGGUCCCAGUCCGGAUCCCCGUUGAUCCCGCUGGAGGAGCUGAGGGACACGGCGGUGAGGCAGCGGUACGACAUACCCGAGGACGCGGAGGUGUUCGACAUGCUCGACACGGUGGAACGGGAGAAGGAGUUGGCCGUGGUGUUGAAGCUGUACUGGGGCGAUCCGAGGGAGAAGGUGUGCGAGGCCGUGGGGGAGCUCCAGCUCGACUCACUCGUCAUGGGCAGCCGUGGCCUCGGCCAGAUUCAGAGGAUUCUGCUGGGAAGUGUGACGAACUACGUGUUGUCAAAUGCAUCUUGUCCUGUGACUGUCGUCAAGGCAAAACAGUGGUUGGGUCUUCCAUAGUAUCCCGACAAUACAUUCUAGGCAUUUGCUGUCACUAAAGUAUCGCACUGUAAUUUCAUUUGUUAGCUUUGCAUAAAUCUUCGGAUGCCAUUGCUUGCAGUCCUGCAAAGU